AGCAAAAGAGAGUUGUGUCAAGAAUUAAUGCGUUUUCAUCCCCUAUUUAUUCUCAUUAGAAUGUACAGAUAUCUUUAUUGAAUACUUUUUAAGAUCUUAAAUUUAUGACCAAAAAAAUAGAAUAAUGUAAUGUAGUGAAUCAUUGUGAAACUUCUGCGUUGCAAAUAUUAGAAUCUGUCGUGUCAGUGUAGGGCUCUACACAGGCAUUUAAUUUAAUACUCGUUAUUCCUAAAACUAGAAAUGUCUUUUAUGAUUUUGUUAUCGUUUUAAAAAAUAAUGCCAAGUUAUAGAUAAUGUUUUAUAUUAGGAAUUAUGGAAAUAAGUUGGGCGUGCAUUAUCCGUCGGCACAUCUGGUGAUCAUACCAACCCUAGAUUAGACCCUACUUCAAUACCUUAUAAUUUAAUCUAUGUUGAUAUUGAAAUAUAAAAUCUUUGUUUAUUUAUUAUCAGUUUCUUUAAUAUUUCAAUUAAUUCUAAUUUUGCAGAAACGUGUUUAGGUAUAUUUACCAAUUUCUAAGUCAGUGAAGUCUGAUUAGUGUUGUGAUGUGUGUACUAGUUGAUACAGUGGUUUUGUUUUAUAUUACCUUGUUAUCGAGAGUUGAUUGAGAUGGCAAAGAAGUCGGAUAAUACCGGCGGCAAGCUGGUCACAGUGUCGGUGGUGGGACUGUCUGGCACAGAGAAGGAGAAAGGUCAGCUGGGCAUAGGGAAGUCGUGCCUUUGUAAUAGGUUUGUCCGGACGCACGCGGACGACUACAAUGUCGAUCACAUAUCCGUCUUGAGUCAGUCUGACUUCAGCGGCCGGGUGGUGAACAAUGACCACUUCCUGUACUGGGGCAGCGUGCAGAAGGAAAAUGACGAGCAAGAGUACAGGUUCGAGAUCAUCGAGCAGACUGAAUUCGUGGACGACGCUUGUUUCCAGCCGUUUAAAGUGGGCAAAACAGAAACAUACGUGAAGCGAUGCGUCGCUACCAAGAUCCAGUCCGCUGAAAAGCUAAUGUAUGUAUGCAAGAACCAGUUAGGAAUAGAGAAGGAGUACGAACAGAGAUUGAUGCCCGAUGGAAAACUAUCGGUUGAUGGGUUCCUAUGUGUAUACGACGUCAGUAUGGUGCCAGGCAGGACUUGGGAGAAGCAGAACGAAACUCUAGCAGCAAUACUCCAGAACAUUCUGAAGCUCAAGAAACCGGUGGUACUAGUCACGUCCAAGAACGAUGAGGCGUGCGAGCAAGGCAUCCGCGAGGCAGAACGGCUGGUGCAGCGUAAGGAGUUCAAGGGCGCGAUACCUAUAGUGGAGACCUCGAGCCACGACAAUGUCAAUGUGGAUCAGGCUUUCUUCCUGCUAGCACAGAUGGUGGACAAGUCGAAAGCGAGGAUCAAGGUAGCGAACUAUGCGGAGGCACUGCGGAUAAGAAGGGAGACUCUGGACUUUGUCACUGAAGCAUUCACACAACUCAUCAGGAUACAUGUUCAAGACCACAAAGAGAUGUGGUCAGCUGCAAGCAAGAGAUUAUGCCACUAUCCAGAAUGGGUCAAGUUUGUACAGCAGUUCGGAAAUGAUGGCACACAGGUGGUAUUCCGUCGACACAUAAGGAGACUAAAAGAGGAGCGUUCAGCUAAAAAACUGCGCAAACAACUCGCUAAGCUGCCACAAGUGCUGUCUAGAAUGCAGUUACCGACUGAAGAGUUGCAGGAGAAUGACUGGCCGAUGGUAGUGAGACAGCUACGUGCUCACCGCGACUUCUCUGUGUACUUCAGCGAGGGCCGGCCUCAAGAUUCUGGGUCCGAGUCUGGCUCAGAACUGGACAGUCCUCUAGGAACUGAUACCACAUUGAGGGUCGGGGAACGUGCUAUCAGAUAUCAGACUUUGGGACAAUCUCAAAAGAUUCCUUAUGAAAUUCUGGAGUCGAAUGAGGCAGCCGCUGUUUUCAAGACAUAUUUACAUGAGGCACAAGAAGAACAAAGGAAUUACGAAUGGUGUCAGCAAUUCAAGCGUCUGCUAGAAGAAACCGGUUACGUGACGCCCGGAAAACAGUUGUCCGAGGUACGGGUGUUGCUGAUGGGUCGCGAGUGCUACGAGGCGCUCACAGAAGAACAACAGCAGCGCGUGUACGAUCAACACCAGAGGCAGAUACAGCGCCGGGCUAAGCAUAACUUGCAGGAACUGCUGUUGGAACAUGCAGAUUUAUUCUAUCACUUCAAAAGUAUAUCUCCGACGGGAACGAUCACGCAGGAAGACAUAAAAGAGAUCACUGACGUACUUCAGGAUGACUUCAGAUACAAAAUGCUUGAUCGCAUGGAGCAAGACCGCAAGCUGAUGUUAUUCCAACAUCUUGGCUUCGUACAUUGUCCGAUGCGAGAGCACUGUCCCGCCGGAGCCCGCUGUCUGGACGCUGCCCUACCUCUCAUACUCAACACCAGAGUCGGAUCCUUAACCUCGACUGGUGAAUCUCAGUGUCACGCGGGUCCACCGGCUGCGCCCUGGGCUCUAACAACUGACUCCAACCAAAUAAACGUUAUCAUACUAGGCGUGGAAGGAACAGCGGGAGAGUUCGGCAAGCGACUGCUCGCGGGCUGCGACGGGGAACGACGAGUCAUGGUGGGAGGCCAGGCGUGGCGAGUGGAACAACGUCUACGUACUGACGACUUCUCUGAUUCCACGCCUAUAGAUGACUUCGCGCCUAAUGGUUAUUUCUGCGUGUACCAAGACCAGGAGUCGUUUGAAUACAUCAGGGGAUGCACUGAAAAGACUUUGUUGACUAGUCUUGAACAGGAAGAUAAGCAACCGUUUCAGGGAUUGCCAUUAGUUGUGAUGUUCGUUCAAGAUGAGGGUAUGGAUAAGAAAGAAAUAACACGGUUGCAAGAGGAGGGCCAGAAUCUCGCUGAUAAUCUUCAUUGCUCAUAUAUGGAGGCGUCGGUGAACGAGCUGGGAACGGAGGCAUUGACAUCGGACGCCAUACAGGAACUGAUCAGAGCCAACAGGGAGAAGGCCAGCUAUGCACACCUCUACAAAGACCUCAUAGUCUGCUUCGAUUCCGAUAUACGAAUAAUGGUCUGCAUGUUCUGUGAUGACCCUUAUUCGCCGGAGCGCGUUUUAAGUCCAUUGCUGUCGCAUCGCGCGUGCUUCCUCACUGGGGACAGGUCGAUCGUAAUAGAGACCUUCCUUGGAGACUCCAAACGGAAGGUCGAGGUCAUAAUCUCGAGUUUCCACGGCGCCUCUCAAUUUAGAGAAGAGCUGAUCCACGGAUUUAUACUGAUCUAUUCUGCUAAGAGAAAAGCUAGUUUGGCAACGUUGAAUGCAUUCUCAAUGAACAUACCGAAUCUACCGAUACAAAUGGUGGCGGUGACGGACGGCGGCGGUUCGGCUGCGAACGCGUUCUUCGGCACGGACGUCGGCCACGCCCUCAUCACCGAGGGGAACGCUACGGCCGACAGACUCGGCGCACAUUUCACCACGUACACGUCCACUGCUGAGAGUAAAUCGGCGUUCUACACGCCAUUCUUCAAAGAGGUGUGGGAGCGGAAGGGCGAGAUCGAGCGCGCGUUUCGACUAGAAGCACCUCACAACCUGCCCGACGUGGCCGCCGCGCGGCCCGCGCCGCCGCCGCGGAACCACUCCUACCAUCUCAACCACAAAAUGGAACACAAGUUGACUAACUCAUUGGACUUGCUGAUCGGACCUGACUCUCGUGCCGACAUCGACUCGGAGUACAGCGAUACUAUGAACAACAAGAAUAGAGGAUUUUUGAAAGGUUUUAGUGUUUACCCACCACCCAGUACACCACCAGAACCAGCGCCCCCCGAUCACAGAAUGCAUGCGGAUUUGUCACCGGACCUCAACUGCUCGGAGGAUUCACUCAGCACACACGAGUCAGAUGGUGGAGGUUUAUGGCAGCCAAGCAGCUAUGGGCACCGCGCGUUCACAAUGGGUCCCACCAAGCCGCAUCCGCCCCCUCCCCGCGUUCGGCACUCGCAAACACUGAAGCAACCCGGUAAAUUGGAUAUGAAUAACUACACGAUGGUGAGCGAUGCCCUUCAGCAUAUCACCAUCGGACCUCCACAUUCAAGAGACAGGAAGUCGCAGAGGUCUGGGUGGUCGCAUUCGAGCAGUCAGCAGGGCGGUCACCAUCACCAUCCUUCAGGAGUCAGUUCUGAGACAGAGCUCGAUGCGCAGUAUGCACAGAUAAAGGAAACAAACGAAUACAUGGAAGCGCCAUCUAUGAUGAGACUACGGAGACAUCGGCGACACGAGAAGACACCAUUACAUCAGCCAUCGUUGUCCGAGACGGACAGCUCUGGAUCCAGUGAAGCGUCGGGCGGGCCGCGAGUACAACCACGACGCAGGCACAACCCCCACCACGCGCCCAGACAUUACAAGAAACGGUCACUAGGAAACUUAGUAGCGGUACAGAGUCCAAGAGUGCCGAAGCUGGGCAUGUUUGUUGGCCCACCUGAAUUGCCCACCGGUUACAGAGCCAGGACGCAAGAGGAUAAAGCAGGCAGUGAGUCAAGUGAGGGCAGUUCUGACGGCGAGACGCGGAGGCCUAGGCCUUUGCCACCGCCGCCACAUCAUGAACCUACACUUAAGAUGGUGGGCGGCACGGGUGCAGGCGCGCCAGUACCGGGCGACUAUUCGCCGUCGACGCAGGAUAACUCGUCGUCGAGUGCUGCCGACUCCCGCCGAAGGCAUCAUCCGUUCUCCAAGCACGAUCGCAGGCAUAAGGAAUUUUCAAAGAGCAAAGACUCCAAGAAGAACUCUUCACAAAUAACGACCGCGCCCACUGUACAAAAUUGGGGUCCACAGGGCUCACACGGCGUGCCUCUGUUCGUGGAGAAAUGUGUAGAGUUUAUAGAGCGAGAGGGCUUGGCGUCCGAAGGGCUGUACAGAGUGCCUGGCAACCGGGCGCACGUGGAAAUGCUCUUCACUAAGUUUUAUGAAGAUCCAAACAUAGACCUAGAGUCGCUAGACAUCCCUGUCAAUGCCGUAGCAACCGCACUCAAAGAUUUCUUCUCAAAGAAACUGCCACCGUUACUUGACGAAGAGAGUAUGGCGCGGUUAGAAGACAUUGCAGCGAUGCGCGGCUGCAUGGCGGGCGGCGUGGAGCUGAAGGACCGCAGCUGGCGGCUGCUGGCGCUGCGCUCGCUGCUCAACUCCGCGCUCACCGCCGUCGCACGCGCCACGCUCGACUACCUGUUGCACCACUUCGCCAGAGUGGCGGACAAUUCCAAGUUGAACUCGAUGGACAGCAAGAACCUGGCGAUAUGCUGGUGGCCCACACUCCUGCCCGUGCAGUUCUCGGACAUGGGCCGCUUCGAAAUGACGCGGCCCUACCUCGAGGACAUCGUGCAGACAAUGAUCGACCAGCACCCAUUCCUGUUUCGGGGGCAAGAGGCGUUUGUUAUGGUGUGAGGACAGUGUGAACCCACAAUGCAGGUUGCAUUCGUGAUGGACGACGUGUGACGUCGGCGCCCUGUGACGUCACCGCGACAUAUGUCCUCGGAUACCGCAAAGGAUGCCAGUGCGUUUGUGUAACGGUCGCGUUACUUUGCUUUAAAGUGAGUCCGUCGGUUAUGGGCGUUUUGUUUUUGCAUUGCUCAUUUGCGGCGGUCAUGUGAUUAUGUACACGCAUUAGUGCGUUUAGUUAUUUGGAAGCUUCGAAAUUUGAACGCUGCGUGCGAUUGCACUUCCGAAUCUUUGAAUUCGUGCUCUGUACAAGAAAAAAAUAUUUAUAUUUUUUAAAAGAAUGCAGUAAUGGCGCGUUCCGUUUCACGUUCAAUUGAUAUAAUUUUUUGCGUGUCCAUAAUCAGAUAUUAGAUUGUUUACACCAAAACAAAAUGUUCUAAUGUAGUCGUUUAUUUACGAACGUAUCACAUGUAUUUGAUAUUACACGUACGCUUGCACCAUCACAAUUCCGCUUUAAAAGACGGACAGACUAUACGUUUUUUAUGCCAACUAUCCAGAUAAGAGAAAUCAGUAUUUUAAAAUUAGAAUAAAUAUAUUAUCUGCAUCGUACAUAGAUUUAAGGGAAAUUCGUGCACAAAAGUAUUUAACGGAUUAAAUUAAAAAAAAAACAAGUUUUUUAAAUUAAGUAUUAUUGGUAAUAUUAAAGUUGAUAUUCGAAAUGGAUGGCAACACCACGUAAGCACAUUCCGUUCAGUCGAUAUGUAACUAAUUAAUUGUUAAUUAUUAUUAAUGAUUAUACAUAUGUGUAAACGUUGUUUUGACGUGGUUGUCGUCGAGCCGCUAGCGUGUUUGUGGUACUCUUCAUUUUUUUGUUGUGUGAACGAGACAGGUAUAGUUUUGGCUGUUGCGUUAUUUAAUAGUGGAUUGAAUGCGUGAUAAUGUAUUGAGUAUACGAAAUAGAUUUGCUGGAGCAUUAAAAAGCGUUGAAAAAGAAUAUUUUUUAAUAUUUGGAACAAGUAUCUGCAAUUACAUCACAAAGAUCACAGUUACCAUAGUGAUCUACGAAGAGUUAUUCGAUUAGAAAAAAAAUGAAUUGUUUGAAUGUAGGUUUCUACGAAGGGUAAACAGUUUAUGUAAAUAUUAAUAACGAAUAUCAAACUACUAACCUAUAGAUAAGAUUUUUCCAUAUAUGUGUGUGUAGUUUUAAAAGAAAAUAUUAUAGACCACCGACAUAUUUUUUUUUAAAGAUAAUUUUAUUUGUAGCUAUUUUUACGGUAUUUAAAAAUAUACUACCCAUUCUUAGUAGAUACAAAAUCAAUUAUUGUUUCUGUAUUAACCAAUAGAUAUUGAGAACAGAGUUAAAUAAACUGAAAUAGAAGACUUUGGAAGUCUCUGGAUGUAAUUGUAUAAUACAUUUAUUUGAUUAAUAACUUAAUCCAAAAGGUACAUUAUUUUUUUUUUUAUGUUUUUAUUGAUGUGAACAAAUAUAUUUUUCAUACGCUUCUUAGUGUAUAAAUCAAGUAUUUCUGUCUAGUAUACUUCAUACAUUUUUUAAGGUCAUAUACUCAUUUCAACAUUGGUAAUCUCACAUAUAAGUAAUUUUUACAUACACAAUGUAAAGUCAGGGUAUAACAAGCUAAAAUCCAGUAAUAUUAUGGAAAACUGACCAACUUUUCUUAUAAAGACGCCAAAAUAUGGAGAAAGUACACUCAUUUUGCGCGGUGUGUAUGAAAAUUUAAACUAAAAAAAAAAAAAAAAAUUAAUUUAAAAAAAUAAAAAAAAGAAACUGAGAAAGUAUGUUUCUUGAAAAAGUUAUCCAGUUUUACAAAUAUCCGCUGAAUUUUGGCUUGUUAAAUGCCAUGUAUUUGACUCGUCGUAUUUUUUAUUUAUUUAUAAUCUUUUUAUCAAUUUUAUUAGUAAUUUGUAUGAAAGUAUGAUUAAAUGAUCUUAUGAAUUAACAUUGUGGAAUAAUAUUAUCCGUUCGAACGGCAGCUUUUACCGUUUUUUUUUUUUUUUAUUGAGACUGAUUUAUACAACACUGUUUGUGGCGUAUUAAUUUUUUUUUAUUGUAACAAUUAGUCAGCAAAACUUUUUGUUCGAAAUGUUUAGUUGAAUUUUUAUAAA